AAAGAAAUCUAGUUGGUUUCACACCUUUAAACGUAGCCUUGUUUAUAAGCAUCAGUCACAGAGGAAAGAUCACCAUCAUUGUAAAGCAGAAAGGCAAAUAAAAGAGAAGAUCACAAGAGAGAUUACAAGGAAGAAAGGAAAAAGGUUUGGUAGAGGCACCAAUGGCAACCCAAAAACCAGUAUUGGAGCAGCAACAAUCACAGAUGUUGCGAGUGAAGAACUCGGGAUUGAUCAGUAUCAAUGGAAGCCCUGUAAUGGAAGACAGGGAAGAGGAGAUGACAAGGUCGGCUCUGUCUGCUUUCCGCGCAAAGGAGGAAGAGAUUGAGAGGAAGACAAUGGAGGUGAAGGAGAAGGUUCAAGCUCAGUUGGGCCGCGUAGAAGAAGAAACCAAGCGAUUGGCUGAGAUUCGCGAAGAGCUUCAUGCUCUGGCAGAUCCAAUGAGGAAGGAGGUUGCGAUCGUACGUAAAAGGAUUGACAUUGUUAACAAAGACCUGAAGCCACUAGGACUUACUUGCCAGAAGAAGGAAAAAGAAUACAAAGAAGCCCUUGAUGCCUUCAAUGAAAAGAACAGGGAAAAGACACAACUGCUUACCAAGUUAAUGGAGCUGGUGAGUGAAAGUGAGAAAGUGAGGAUGAAGAAGCUGGAGGAGCUCAGCAAGAACAUAGAUACCCUACAUUAAAACCAAUACAUUCCAAUAAUUAAAACUGAGUGUUUGUUUGUUCUAUUCGACAAUCAUUAUCUUGAAUUCUGUUACAUUUUCUGUUUUCGGUUUCACUCGCUCUUUGUUUAGAUUUUUUUUUUUUUUUUUUUUUUCUGAUUUUGGAAACAGACUCUCCCUAACUUGGUUUGUUACUUAACACAACCCUGCUCUAGACCUCUGCCACACAUCCCAAUCACAAAAACGUUGUGCCAUAUUAUUAUUGAAGAGCUUGAUAUGUAUUGUUGGAUUCCUUUCUUAACAGUUUAAUUUUUUUUUUGUAUAUGGUAUCAGAAAGUCUUGGUUUCAA